UAUUGUUCAAGAUGAUGACGAUGAUGAUGAUUUGUUACAGACAAAGUCUGAGACACAAUAUUCAGUCAUUCAGAAUCCCCUUCAUCUACAGUUGAGUUUAGAACGUUCACUGAGUUUUGACGCUGAUGUCACUUUUUCAAUCUUGGCCUUGAACAACUGGUAUAAUUUUAGUUUGAUGGUGUGCCAGGAAGAGUGGAACAUCACAGAUUUUCUCUUCCUUACCCAGCAGAGCUCCAAAUUUUAUUUGGGAUCCAUUAUAAAUAUCACAGGAAACCUCACAUCAGCCAGUGACCUCUUGACCUAUCUGCAAGUUCAUCUGGAGAACAUUAAGGAUACAACAUCAACAGUGGUGAUGUUUGGAUGUGACAUGGAAAGCACAAGGAGGGUUUUUGAAAUAACUACCCAGUUUGGUGUUAUGCCACCUGAACUUCAUUGGAUUCUUGGGGAUUCACACAAUGUGGAAGAGUUGAGGACAGAAGGCUUGCCAUUGGGUCUUAUAGCUCAUGGGAAAACAACACAGUCUUUUUUUGAAGAUUAUGUGCAGGAUGCAAUGGAGCUGGUAGCUAGAUCAGUUGCUUCAGCUACAAUCAUCCAACCAGAACUGGCAUUGAUUCCAAGUACAACCAAUUGCUUGAACACAGUGGAAAAAAAUCUCACAUCAGGCCAGUAUUUAUCAAAGUUUUUAGCCAACACUACUUUCCAUGGGCUCAGUGGCCACAUUAAAGUAAAAGGUUCCUCCAUCAUUAGUUCAGAAAACAAGUUCUUCAUCUGGAAUCUGCAACACGAUCCUGUUGGGAACCCAAUGUGGACUCGCUUGGGGAGUUGGCAAGAAGGCAAGGUUAUCAUGGAUUAUGGGAUCUGGCCAGAGCAGGCCCAGAGACACAAGAAUCACAACCACCAUCCAACUAGGCUACAUCUGAGGGUAGUGACACUCAUUGAACAUCCCUUUGUAUUCACAAGGACUGUGGAUGAUGAAGGAUUGUGUCCUGCAGGACAGCUCUGCUUGGAUCCCUUGACCAACGAUUCAGCUGUGCUGGAUGCUCUUUUUGAAAGUCUCCAAGGAGGCAAUGACACAGUACCCACCAAAUUUAAGCAGUGUUGCUAUGGCUACUGUAUAGAUCUGUUAGAAAAGUUGGCUGAAGAUAUGAACUUUGAUUUUGACCUGUAUAUUGUUGGUGAUGGGAAAUAUGGUGCUUUGAAAAAUGGCCAGUGGACAGGACUGGUAGGUGAUCUUCUGGCUGGGACAGCCCACAUGGCUGUGACAUCAUUCAGCAUCAACACAGCCCGUAGCCAGGUGAUUGAUUUCACCAGUCCCUUUUUUUCAACCAGCUUGGGAAUCCUGGUGAGGACCAAAGACACAGCAGCUCCUAUUGGAGCAUUUAUGUGGCCACUCCACUGGACCAUGUGGCUGGGCAUCUUUGUAGCUCUACACAUCACUGCAAUCUUCCUGACUCUGUAUGAAUGGAAAAGCCCCUUUGGAAUGACCCCAAAGGGUAGGAACAGGGAUAAGGUUUUCUCCUUUUCCUCUGCUUUGAAUGUCUGCUAUGCCAUCUUAUUUGGUAGAACAGCUGCCAUCAAACCUCCAAAAUGCUGGACUGGAAGGUUCCUAAUGAAUCUCUGGGCCAUUUUUUGUUUAUUUUGUCUCUCCACAUACACUGCUAACCUGGCCGCUGUUAUGGUGGGAGAGAAAAUCUAUGAAGAAUUGUCUGGAAUACAUGACCCCAAGCUGCAUCACCCUUCCCAAGGGUUUCGCUUUGGAACUGUGCGAGAAAGCAGUGCGGAAGAUUAUUUCAAGCAAAGCUUUCCAGACAUGCAUGAGUACAUGAAACGGUUCAAUGUACCUGCAACUCCCGAUGGAGUGGAAUACCUGAAGCAGGAUCCCGAGAAAUUAGAUGCCUUCAUCAUGGACAAAGCACUCCUGGAUUAUGAAGUGUCCAUUGAUGCUGACUGUAAACUUUUGACAGUGGGAAAACCAUUUGCAAUUGAAGGGUACGGUAUUGGCCUUCCUCCAAACUCUCCACUGACCUCAAAUAUUUCUGAACUGAUCAGCCAGUAUAAGUCCCACGGCUUCAUGGAUGUCUUACAUGACAAGUGGUACAAAGUGGUACCGUGUGGAAAAAGAAGCUUUGCUGUGACCGAGACCCUGCAAAUGGGCAUCAAGCACUUUUCUGGGCUAUUUGUGAUGCUCUGUGUUGGAUUUGGUCUGUCUAUUCUCACUACCAUCGGAGAACAUAUCAUCUACAGACUGAUGAUACCGCGGAUUAAACAGAAAUCCAAGAUGACAUAUUGGCUCCAUACAAGUCAGCGACUGCACCGCGCUCUAAACAACUCAUUUACGGAAGACAAGCACCAGCUUAAAACAAAGCCAGUUGAAAAGAAGUCCAGUCCCAGGAACAGUCAGGUUUCAGUAUGGAACACUGCUAGCCCUGGCAACUGCCACAGAAGAAAAUAUAUCUGCAGUGUUGAAAAACCAAGUGAAGUGAUGCUCAAACAGCUGCAGCACGAUAUAGCUCUUCCCCCCUUGAAAAGAGACUCUCCAGGGUUGCUGACUACCAACGGGAAAGCAGAUGCUGUGAACACUGCUAGGACCUCAGUGAUCCAGGAGCUCUCAGAACUGGAGAAGCAGAUCGAAGUGAUCAAGCAGGAACUGCAGUUAGCCAUGAGCAGAAAACUGGAGCUGGAGGAAUUUCAGAGGACAAAUAGGACUGUGGAGCUUUGAGGGGUUCGCCCUCGUUCCACAUCAGACUAUAAUAAUUUGUAUGACACCCUCACCUUUGGGUUUUGUUUUUGUUUUUGUGUAAUGCCAAGAAGUGACACAACACUCAGUAAGCAAUAGGCCUACAGUCUAUAGUAGCUCCUGCCUUCCUGCAAAAUCAACACUGGCAAAAGAUGGCCGCAUUCUGGUUACCAGAGUAUUUCAAAGUAGCAACAGGUCCUUCUCUGUGGGAAGUUUUAGCCUAGUAGAAAGGUUGAUCUCAGGCUAAGGGAAUUUGAAGCCUCCGGACCACGCAGCACCUAUUUUCCUUCUCACUGCAAUUAAAUGAAUUUUCCACUUUUUACUUUUUUUCUCUGCAUUAAUUAAAACAAAAGAG